GUAGUGGAGACAGGGAAUAUGUAACCGGUAUUUUUUUUACCGACCUCUCCGUUGUGAUCUUGGCUGUACUUCACAGGCUACCUGAGCAUUUCCUCAUCCUCGAUCUGUGUGCGCUAUGAACCGCGUAUGUGGAUAUCUUGCUCAGUGUUUUAUAGCCUUAUACGCACCGGCCUAGUUGAGUCGUAACGAAACGACAAAAGACCUGAAGUCCCUUUUAUUUGUGAUGAUCGUUUCUAUUUGUUGUCUAUGGACCGGAUCCACCAUACAAUGAUAGGCACGGAGGAUAUGUCCCGGUAGAAAAUGGGCCUGUAACGAACCGAUAUUUCUAACGUUCUCCUUAUAAGGAGAAGGACAGAGAAAACGGAAAAAUGAAGAUCUGGAGUACUGAACAUGUUUUCAGCUACCCGUGGGAGACGGUGAUCAAGGCAGCGAUGAGGAAGUACCCUAACCCCAUGAACCCUAAUGUGGUGGGAGUGGAUGUGUUGGACAGGAACCUGGAUACCGACGGACGGCUCCACAGCCACCGACUCCUCAGCACCGAGUGGGGCCUGCCAGGCAUCGUACGAGCGAUCUUGGGGACCGGUCAUACCCAGACAUACGUCAAGGAGCACUCCAUAGUGGAUCCCGAGGAGAAAACGAUGGAGCUUUAUUCAACUAAUAUAACUCUAACCAAUCUGGUGUCAGUGGAUGAAAGACUGGUUUACAGUCCUCAUCCAGACAACCCAGAGGUUACUGUUCUGACCCAGGAGGCCAUCAUCACAGUAAAAGGAGUCAGUUUGAGCAGUUACCUGGAGGGAAUGAUGGCCCUCAGAAUGUCAGCUAAUGCCAGAAAGGAAGAGCCAAUCAGAGGACAGUGUCGACUACAUGAUCAGGGACUAUAUCAUCCUACACCAAGCAGCCCAGACAAACCUCCCACAUGGCAGCCAGCCAAGGCAAACCUCCCACAUGGCAGCCAGCCAAGGCAAACCUCCCACAUGGCAGCCAGCCAAGGCAAACCUCCCACAUGGCAGCCAGCCCAGACAAACCUCCCACAUGGCAGCCAGCCAAGGCAAACCUCCCACAUGGCAGCCAGCCAAGGCAAACCUCCCACAUGGCAGCCAGCCCAGACAAACCUCCCACAUGGCAGCUGGGAAUCACAACCCUCCCUGGUGACCAGGCUCCAUAGAGGGCAUCACAACCCUCCCUGGUGACCAGGCUUCAUAGAGGGCAUCACAACCCUCCGUGGUGAUCAGGCUCCAUAGAGGGCAUCACAACCCUCCCUGGUGACCAGGCUUCAUAGAGGGCAUCACAACCCUCCCUGGUGACCAGGCUUCAUAGAGGGCAUCACAACCCUCCGUGGUGAUCAGGCUCCAUAGAGGGCAUCACAACCCUCCCUGGUGACCAGGCUUCAUAGAGGGCAUCACAACCCUCCCUGGUGACCAGGCUCCAUAGAGGGCAUCACAACCCUCCCUGGUGACCAGGCUCUAUAGAGGGCAUCACAACCCUCCCUGGUGACCAGGCUCCAUAGAGGGCAUCACAACCCUCCCUGGUGACCAGGCUCCAUAGAGGGCAUCACAACCCUCCCUGGUGACCAGGCUUCAUAGAGGGCAUCACAACCCUCCGUGGUGACCAGGCUCCAUAGAGGGCAUCACAACCCUCCCUGGUGACCAGGCUUCAUAGAGGGCAUCACAACCCUCCCUGGUGACCAGGCUCCAUAGAGGGCAUCACAACCCUCCCUGGUGACAAGGCUCCAUAGAGGGCAUCACAGCCCUCCCUGGUGACCAGGCUCCAUAGAGGGCAUCACAACCCUCCCUGGUGACCAGGCUCCAUAGAGGGCAUCACAACCCUCCCUGGUGACCAGGCUCCAUAGAGGGCAUCACAACCCUCCCUGGUGACCAGGCUCCAUAGAGGGCCUCCCAACCCUCCGUGGUGACCAGGCUCUAUAGAGGGUAUCACAACCCUCCUCACAACCCUCCCUGAUGACCAUAAAGAAUGUUGCUGCUGUCAAGUGGACGAUCAAUAGAAACACAAGGGUUGUUACUAUAUCAUCAGAAAGACUGCAAUCAUUGAUGCUUCCACAGAAGAUCUCCCUACUGAGGGAUCGAGGCCAACGUUGGUGUCCAGGAGGAUAUUGAUUGGAUACAAAGGUCUAUGAUAGAUGUAGGUUGCGUGCUAUUUAGGAUGACAUUUAGGAUGCUAUUCAGGAUGACAUUUAGGAUGCUAUUUAGGAUGCUAUUUAGGAUGCUAUUCAGGAUGACAUUUAGGAUGCUAUUUAGGAUGCUAUUUAGGAUGACAUUUAGGAUGCUAUUUAGGAUGACAUUUAGGAUGCUAUAUAGGAUGCUAUUUAGGAUGCUAUUUAGGAUGCUAUUCAGGAUGACAUUUAGGAUGCUAUUUAGGAUGCUAUUUAGGAUGCUAUUUAGGAUGCUAUUUAGGAUGCUAUUCAGGAUGACAUUUAGGAUGCUAUUUAGGAUGACAUUUAGGAUGCUAUUUAGGAUGCUAUUCAGGAUGACAUUUAGGAUGCUAUUUAGGAUGCUAUUUAGGAUGCUAUUCAGGAUGACAUUUAGGAUGCUAUUUAGGAUGACAUUUAGGAUGCUAUUUAGGAUGCUAUUCAGGAUGACAUUUAGGAUGCUAUUUAGGAUGACAUUUAGUGUGAAUUACAUAUCAAAGCUACAAAACGUCAUUCUCCAUAUGAAAAGCAGAUGGUAUAUGCUAUGGAAAUGAUCUGCUGCUAUACACUGUAUGAAGUAUGCAUUCAGCAUUCUCAUAUGGAAGGUUCUCUAGGAAUCUGUCACAGCAUUCUCAUAUGGAAGGUUCUCUAGGAAUCUGUCACAGCAUUCUCUUAUGGAAGGUUCUCUAGGAAUCUGUCACAGCAUUCUCUUAUGGAAGGUUCUCUAGGAAUCUGUCACAGCAUUCUCUUAUGGAAGGUUCUCCAGGAGUCUGUCACAGCAUUCUCUUAUGGAAGUUUCUCUAGGAAUCUGUCACAGCAUUCUCUUAUGGACGGUUCUCUAGGAAUCUGUCACAGCAUUCUCUUAUGGAAGGUUCUCUAGGAAUCUGUCACAGCAUUCUCUUAUGGAAGGUUCUCUAGGAAUCUGUCACAGCAUUCUCUUAUGGAAGGUUCUCUAGGAAUCUGUCACAGCAUUCUCUUAUGGAAGGUUCUCUAGGAAUCUGUCACAGCAUUCUCAUAUGGAAGGUUCUCUAGGAAUCUGUCACAGCAUUCUCAUAUGGGAGGUUCCUCUAGGAAUCUGUCACAGCAUUCUCAUAUGGGAGGUUCUCUAGGACUCUGUCACAGCAUUCUCAUAUGGGAGGUUCAUCUAGGAAUCUGUCACAGCAUUCUCAUAUGGGAGGUUCUCUAGGACUCUGUCACAGCAUUCUCAUAUGGGAGGUUCAUCUAGGAAUCUGUCACAGCAUUCUCUUAUGGGAGGUUCAUCUAGGAAUCUGUCACAGCAUUCUCAUAUGGGAGGUUCAUCUAGGAAUCUGUCACAGCAUUCUCAUAUGGAAGGUUAUCCAGGAGUCUGUCACAGCAUUCUCUUAUGGAAGGUUCUCUAGGAAUCUGUUACAGCAUUCUCUUAUGGAAGGUUCUCUAGGAAUCUAUCAUAACAUUCUCUAAUGGAAGGUUGUCCAGGAAUCUAUCACAAAUGUGAAUGGUGUUUCAUAUGUAAACAAGAGUUUAUUUGACGUUUUUAAACACAAUGGAUUUUUCUUUGCACAUAGAGAGUCUAGGAUUAUGAAGGUAUAUACAUUAAAUUAAUGUACAGUGACCUCACAUAGAUAGGAAAACUACAGUAGAGCUAACAAUGCAGUAAAAAUAUAUCUAAAUAUAUAGCUAACAAUUAUUGGUAGCUGCUGCUGUCAUUAACAACACUGGACCUGUGUCUAAAAUGGCAUUCCUAUUCCCUAUGUAGUGCACUACUUUAGACCAGAUCCCUAUAUAGUGCACUACUUUAGACCAGAGUCCUAUGGCCAACUAAGACACUUUACUGACUGGUGUUUAUUUAUUUAUAGCGUCUUCAUAUACUCGAGUUAUCACAGUUGAUUUAAUUGAAUGUUAGAAAUAUAUUUAUUUAUUUUUGUUUUAACAUUGUGAAAAUUGAUUUUUUUUAAUUUUAAUUUAGUUUUUACUUCAGUUCAUUUUAGUAAAUACUUUCAUAACUUAUUUUUCUUUAAAUUGUACAUGUUGUGUUCGGCGCAUGUGACAAAUAAAAUUAGAUUUUGAUUUGAAA